GUGAUACUAAACAGAAACAGACGAUUAGCAAGCUGCUAAGCCCCAAGAAGGUUUAAGCAGGGUUUUAAGGCGGCUACUACUUCUCACUCUCUAUGAAUCUAAUUCCUUUCUCAAUUUUUUUUCAUCAAAUCGUGUGCUUUAAUCUCUCUGUCUCUUCGAUUUUUCGCUAGUUUAUUCACGUCGUUCAAAAAUUUGACAUUAAUUUGAUGUCCAGUGCCAAGCACCCGUUAAUUUCUACCAAAAACUUCGAUCAUUUCAUUCUCUUUGAUACAAAAUCGGAAAUACACUCUUUAAACCCACCAAAAAUAUCCACUAUUAUGUGGAGAAACGCAGCUAAACAAGCCAUUUCAAAAACCCGAACAAAAUCCCUCAGUUCCCAUUCAUUUUCACACACUCAUAGCUUUAUAGGCCUCUUCCAGGAAUCCACUUUCCCCGAUAAAUUCAAAGUGUAUCCACAAAAUGUCUCAAAUUCUCAAAUGGGCUUUCGCCGACUUGGUGGAAUUCUGACACAUGAAGACUACAUGGGCAAAACCAGUUUUGGGUUCCUGAGGAAUAGCGCUAAUACUAAAGUUUCUAUGUAUAAUGGGUAUUUGUGCGCUGGGUUCUGCCCCAGAGGGUAUGUAAAUGUAGCUGAGGCUGUCUCAUCGUCAACAGAUGUUGAAGAGGACGUCUCUGUGGUUGAAGAAGUGCAAGAAUUAUUACAGGAAAUGAGGAGAGAAGAAAGGAGAGGGAAAGAAUAUAUGAAAAAAAAGGAACGCGGAAUGAGUUCGAGAAAGUAUCAUAUGUUGAGGAAACGGCAGGUCAAGGUCGAGACUGAAGCUUGGGAACAGGCAGCUAAAGAGUAUAAGGAGCUUUUAAUGGACAUGUGUGAACAGAAGUUGGCUCCAAAUUUACCUUACAUGAAGUCUUUGUUUCUUGGUUGGUUUGAGCCUCUAAGGGAUGCGAUCGCAAAAGAGCAAGAGUUGAUUAGAGAGGGAAAGAAUAAGGCGGCUUAUGCUCCAUAUUUUGAUCUGUUGCCAGCUGAUAUGAUGGCUGUUAUUACAAUGCAUAAGCUGGUGGGGCUGGUAAUGACGGGUGGGGGACAUGGAUGUGCAUUGGUUGUGGCUGCUGCUUGUAAAAUUGGCGACGCUAUUGAUCAGGAGGUCAGAAUACACAGGUUCUUGGAGAAAACCAAAAAGAAAAGAGCCAAGAGGGAGGAACAUCAGGAAGAUGAAUCCAAUGACAUGGCGAAGAAGCAGGAGAAUCUAAGAAAAAUGGUUACUGAUUUGAUUAAGAAACAAAAGUUGCCUGCAGUGAGGAAGAUAGUGAAGGGGCAUGAUGAUUCAAAACCCUGGAGCCAGGAUACUAAGGCUAAGGUGGGGUGCCGUUUGAUUGAAUUGCUAAUACAAACAGCAUAUAUACAGCCUCCUGCUAAUCAGUCAGCUGAUGAUCCACCUGAUAUUCAUCCUGCAUUUGUUCACACAAGCAGAACUUUGAAACAUGAAAAUAAGGUUUAUGGCAGAAGAUAUGGUGUCAUCCAGUGUGACCCACUAGUUCUGAAAGGCCUUGAGAUAACUGCAAGACACAUGGUAAUCCCUUAUAUGCCAAUGUUGGUGCCACCGCUAAAGUGGGAAGGUUAUGACAAAGGAGCACACUUGUUCUUGCCAUCCUAUGUCAUGCGCACACAUGGUGCUAGACAACAACGUGAGGCAGUUAAGAGGACAUCUAGAGGGCAACUACAACCAGUUUUUGAGGCUCUGGAUACACUUGGAAGGACAAAAUGGCGAAUAAAUAAGAGGAUACUUAGUAUUGUGGAUAGGAUAUGGAAUAGUGGAGGCCGACUUGCUGAUUUGGUAGAUCGAAGUGAUGUUCCUUUGCCAGAAAAGCCAGAUACUGAAGAUGAAGCAUUGCUGAGGAAAUGGAAGUGGAAAAUCAAAUCUGUGAAAAAGGAGAACAAGGAGAGGCACUCUCAGCGUUGUGACACUGAACUAAAACUUGCUGUAGCACGCAAAAUGAAGGAUGAAGAAGGUUUUUAUUAUCCACACAAUCUUGACUUUCGAGGGCGUGCAUAUCCUAUGCACCCAUACUUGAACCAUCUUGGUUCAGAUUUGUGUCGGGGCAUUCUGGAGUUUGCUGAGGGACGCCCCCUUGGAAAGUCUGGCUUACAGUGGCUGAAGAUACACCUUGCAAAUCUAUUUGCUGGUGGUGUGGACAAGUUGUCAUAUGAUGGUCGAAUAACUUUCACUGAGAAUCACUUGGAUGAUAUAUUUGAUUCUGCAGAUAGGCCACUUGAGGGAAAGCGUUGGUGGUUACAUGCAGAAGAUCCAUUUCAGUGCUUGGCAGUAUGCAUUGAUCUCGCAGAAGCUCUGAGAAGUUCCUCUCCAGAAACAUUUAUUUCACAUAUUCCCAUUCAUCAGGAUGGUUCCUGCAAUGGCCUCCAACACUAUGCUGCACUUGGAAGGGACAAGUUGGGAGCAUCUUCUGUUAAUCUUGUUGCUGGAGAGAAGCCUGCAGAUGUAUACUCAGGAAUAGCUGCUAGAGUGCUUGAUAUCAUGAGGAGGGAUGCACAGAAAGAUCCAGCAGUUUUUCCUGAUGCAUUGCAUGCAAGGACAUUAAUUAAUCAGGUUGAUAGGAAAUUGGUGAAGCAGACAGUGAUGACAUCUGUAUAUGGUGUCACUUAUAUUGGUGCGAGAGAUCAAAUCAAGAGGAGGUUGAAAGAACGUGGUCUUAUUGCAGAUGAAGCAGAGAUCUUUCGUUCCUCUUGUUAUGCUGCAAAGGUGACUUUAACUGCAUUAGGGGAGAUGUUUCAAGCUGCGCGAAGUAUCAUGAGCUGGCUUGGUGAAUGUGCAAAGCUUAUUGCAUCUGAAAAUGAGACUGUGAGGUGGACAACUCCACUUGGACUUCCUGUUGUGCAACCUUAUCGUAAAUUAGGAAGGCAUCUUAUCAGAACUUCACUACAGAUCUUAACACUGCAACAGGAAACUGAAAAGGUUAUGGUCAAGAGGCAGCGAACAGCUUUCCCACCAAAUUUUGUUCACUCCCUUGACGGUUCUCAUAUGAUGAUGACUGCAGUUGCAUGCAAAAAUGCGGGCCUAAACUUUGCAGGAGUUCAUGAUUCAUAUUGGACGCAUGCCUGUGAUGUGGAUGAAAUGAACAGGAUACUCAGGGAAAAGUUUGUUGAGCUUUAUGAAAAGCCAAUACUGGAGAGUUUGUUGGAGAGCUUUGAGCAAUCUUUUCCAACAUUAUCCUUUCCCUCUUUACCUGAACGAGGAGACUUUGAUCUUCGGGAAGUGUUGGAAUCACCUUAUUUCUUCAACUGAUCCAUUGCGGGGGCUUUUCUUUAUGUUGCAUUACCAUGACUCGAUUUUUGUAGGUGUCAGCCUGUUUCCCCAUGUGAGCAUGAUAGGAAAGCCCUCAAUCUGACAAGAAUUUCAUGGUAGAGACCAGCUCUGUACGACAUUCUCAAAGAUCUCCAGUGAGUUGUACUGGAAAAAAAGGGAAAAAAUCUCCGGUAGCUAUGAUCUCUACUUCAUUCGAUCAUUCAUGAAGCACCUCUGAGUGACGUUAGCAAACAUGAGAUUUUAGUUCUGGAGUUGUAAGUUAUCAGUACAAGCUUCUCUGGAGCUGAAUCAGCAAGUAUACAUAUGGAUGAAAGGAAUAGGAGCUGAGAAAUGUACAGAAACGGGGCAUGAGGUCUCAAUAGAGGAAGUAUAAAAAACCAAUAUGAAAUGUAGUCGACUGUCGUUGUUGCAUUAGACGUGGUGAACGUCUGGAUACCUCAGAGCAAACCCUCAUACAGCAGUGUCACGUUAGAUAACCUCACCACAACAUCUGCAUAUUUUCCUUGAAUCGUGGAAGUAGAUGGUCCUUGUGUAAUAGUUGUGAAGCACACUUCUGUGAGAAACUGUGAAUCAGCUUUCUGGCUGUACAGAAGUUAAGCAAAGCCCCGGAAGGCAAGAGAACUCACUGAAAUUAAUUAUUGAUCUGAAAUUAAUUAUUCAUUCUCCUUCAGAAGCUUAUUUUGUGUGCAUAGCCAAUUGCUUUUCUCUAUUGAAAUACAUACUUCAAACUACUAUC